AUGCCAACGUCUCGUUCUUCUAACGGUAAAUCAAGGCCAGCUUCUGCGACUAACGGAAAUGGUUAUGCAAAAUGGACAGAUUCUGUUAGAGCUUUACCAUCCAACUCGGAAAGUAAUGAUUACUUAAAGCCUGAUUAUAUAGAGGUAAAUUUAAACAACUCUAGAAAAUUAAUUGAAAACAUAAACCAACUAUCCGAAAAUGCAGAAAAUGGUAUUGAAAUUUCGGAGAACAUUAAUAAAAGCUUAUUAUUGGUAAACAAUGUGCUGGCGGCCUUGGAAUGGUUGGAAGAGGUAUAG